AUGAGAUCUUCUGUGAGUGCACCUGACUUCGCUUUGUGCGCACGAGUAAGAAUGAGAACAAAAAUAGCGAGAAUAACACUAGACAAAAUAAAUAUACCAAGUGAAACAGAUAAAAUAGUAAUGGUUUUCUUAGAUUUGUUUGGUUUUGAAUCAUCUGAGUUUUGUGUAGGUGUUUGGGUUGGUGUUGUUACUUCUGGUUUUUGUGUUGGCUCUGAUGUUGGUGCAGGAAUUGGUGUUGGUGGAUCUGGAUCUAGUGGGCAUGGCUGA